UAAAUUGCACGAAUCAUACUUUCGUUGUCAAACAAGCGCGGUUUGAUUUGACAAACGAUUUGAAUUCAAUGUGUGUAACGAUAUAAUCAUAGUUCCUCGUGGAUUGUGAAGUAAUAAACGGUGCGAGAAACUCGGAAGCGCUUUGUAAUCGGAAAAUGAAACGUUGGUAAUUGAUGACGGUUCCAAAGAAAAUGUAUGCAACACCGUAUAUGAAGCGUCCUGUAUUUGUAUUCCUCCCGUUCUGUAUUACCGUUCUCUCUGAUACUCCCUCCUCCGCCUUCUUUCUCUCCUCGCUCGGUAGUUCUUUCCCUCUUCUCUGUUUAUUCAUAAGCAUUAGAGUACCUUCACUUUGUUACGAAUGAGUGUUUCAAAGAAUAAGAUUGCGUGGCGUGGCACUUACACGGGUCCUUCGCGGCUCGAUCGAAAUCUGACCGACGUGUCGCUAGGUUUUAUCUAAUUGUCGAACGAAAUUAGCAGCACGAUAAACGAAGGAGCUAAUAAUGCCGAACUCGUAAAUUCGUAUCGCGUGCCAUUUAUGAAGAGUUGCAGCAAUGUCUAAGAAGACUAAUUGCAACAAAAUGUUGGUUCAUCAAUUAUCAUCCGUGCUACCUGAUGACAGGCCAAUUACUGCCAUAAGCGUUGUUGAAGAUAUAGAUAAGUGUCCGCCAAAUUUUACAGUGGUAUCUAGAACAUAUGAUCAAGAUACAGACGCUGAUUUAUGGAGGGAAAGUGGGCUAUUUAUUAAGAAAAAAGGGAGGUAUAUAUGUUUCUCAAAGUCUGAAGGUUUUCCUCAUUGCGUGGUAGAAGAUUUAGCAGUCAUCAAUGAGCGAGACACCCCACCCGAGGGAUUCAGCAUGAUCGCAUAUACUGUAGAUUCAAUGCAGAAGGCAUGGAGAAAGAAACAGCUGUGCUAUAAAGUUAGGAAUAAGGAAUUAUGCUCGAGAGCAGUUACAGACAUUAUUAUAUGUAGUAGGGUUAUGCAUAAGGUAUAUCAAUCUAAAAUGGCUCCAAAUGGUUUUGUAGCUGCUGGUGUCAUAAACGGAGUUUGUGUUUGCUACAAAACUGUGGAUAUUGCAAAUGGGAAUUCCAGCUCACAAUCGUAUGUUAAUAUAGAUUUACUUCAAAAUGCAUCUCCUAAUCCAUCGAAUGGAACGCCACAUAGAGUAGCUCCUGAAAGGCCACCAAAACCAAAGUUCUCACCAAAACCAACAAACGGAAUUUAUCCACAAAUUGGAGGAAGUGCGGGAAAGGAAGUAGACGAAUCUACCGACAGAGAUUAUGAAGUUUUAAGUCCUAGCGCAAGAAUCAGGCCCACAAGACCAGCCCCACAGCCACCUACAACAUCAGCUGUAGGAACUACAUCGAUUUAUGGUACACUGCCAGGGUCUUCAGAUUUAGAUGGGGUGCCAUUUGUCCUUAAUCCGCGUCUUAGCGUACAAUCUGAUUCCUCUAUUACUAAAAUUCCUGUGAUCAGAGUCUGGUCUCAGAAAGACUUGGACAAGGAGUUCUUUUAUGAUUUCCGCGUGGAAAGAGAAACUUGAAGAAGCCACUGUGCCAAACUAAUUGUGUGAUUCUUCAUGCAAUUUUUACAGCUAUAUCUAUACAUUUGUAUUGAUAAUAUAGCUCUAGCCAAGUGUAAUAGAGUGCCUGAACGAGUGAUUACUAACCCGUGAAAAUGGAAUCCUUUCUAAUAUGUAUCGGUGAGAUAAUGUUCGGAUUUAAUAAUGUCCAUUUUCCGAUAUACUUUUUUCUUCCAUGUCCUAUUUAGAUUUUGAUACCAGUGACAGUUAGCAUUGUAUUUUUAUAGAGUUGCGUUGUAUUUUUAUAGAUAGUAGAAGUUAUAUAUAAUUGUAUCAUACGUUCUAGUUGUUUAUAAAUCAUUACAGAAUAUUUAACAUUGUACUGAUGUACUCCUAUUUCUUAAUCAAAUGCAAAAUUCUUUCAAUAAA